AUGUCCCUGAGUCUGACCUGCACCGUGUGGGGAGACCCGACUCCCGAGGUCACAUGGUUCAAGAACGAGCAGGAAGUGGCCUGCACCGAACACACCAAGAUCACCUUCGACGGCGGCAAGUUCGCCAGCAUGGUGAUCAACAAGGUGACGCCCGAGGACUCCGGCAAGUACAGCAUCAACGUGAGGAACAAGUACGGCGGCGAGUUUGUGGAGAUCACCGUCAGCGUCUACAAGCACGGCGAGCAGAUCCCAGAGCCCAAACUGGGACAGGCCAGACCCCCGUCCACCGCGCCCCCUCCCUCCUCUACCCCGGCCCCACCCAAGUCCCCCGGCCCGCCCUCCAAGACCCCUACCCCCACGCCUUCCAAGUCGCAGACCCCAGCCCCGUCCGUGAAGAGCCCGACCCCAGCCCCGUCCGUGAAGAGCCCAACCCCAGCAUCCACCCCGGCCUCCACCCCUGGCCCCAAGUCACCCACCCCGACCCCGCCCCGUGGAGUGAAAUCGCCUACCCCGCCCCGCUUCAUGAAGUCCCCCACUCCUCCGCGGAAGUAG